AAAAACCCGUCAUGCUAAGGAAGUGCGCACUUUUCUGAAGCCGUGUAGUUUGGGCCACAUUUGUACUUGACUGUACGCAACCGGGACAAAAACAGAAGUGUGUGGUUAUAUUGUGUGUUAUAUGUAGCCCAGAUUAGCGACUUUUCUGACACCCUGCGGUCUGACAAUGGGAGCAAACAACAGUACCCGCCGUGUUUCAUUCGAGUCAGACGAGAACGAGAAUAUAACAGUGGUGAAGGGCAUACGGCUUUCUGAAAACGUGAUCAAGCGCAUGAAAGAACCCACCACUCCUCCAAAACGGUUGCAGAGUACUCCCACUUCAGCAACUUCAAAGGCACCGACCCUCAUCCCAUCUCCUCUACUCCGACCUGUUCCUCCUCUCGCUGACCUCGCCACCUCCUCGCCUCCCUCCCCUCCUUUUGUAGAACCUGCAGCACCUCCAGCUCCAUCUGCUACAGAGUCUGUGGCCACGCCUCCUCCUAAACCUCCCACACAACAGGUAGCAGAGAACGCCAAAGCUGACUUGGUGCUUUCUCAUUCAUCUCCCUCAGUUUCUGCUAACGCUGUUGCUGCUUCUGUUCUUGAGCCUUUAACCACCCUUCCUGCACCCACUCCUGCUCACACUGAACAGUUCACUCCUGCUUCCUGCCACGCUUCAGAUUUGGUGGAAACUGUAACUCCUCUUGCACCUCCUCCCUUAACUCAAUCCAUCGCCUCUCCUCCCUCAGUAAUCAAACCAAUUGCUCCUUCUCAUGCUGUUGAGCCUCUUCCUUCACACGUCCAUAAGUCGGAAUCCCUCUCCUCCCCUCCUGUUUUCAAACCUAUCACCAUACUGCCAGCAUCUUUGCUCCCUUCAGGGGACUCUUUGCCUCUGCAGUCUGCUGAAUCUUUACCUACAGCUCCCCUGCCUGAGUUUACUGCUUCUUGUGAACCAGUUGCACCUCCUCCCCAGCCCACAGCGGAACCAUUAUCACCUGCUUCAGUCCCUGAGCCAGUGGCAGUGCCUCAGUCAAGUCCAGUUUCGCCACCUGCUGUGCCACCAGCAGUGAAUGAAGAGGCCCUGAGGAAGAAGAUCACUGAUGAGCUGUAUAAAGACUUGGCGCAAAAGCGGGCCAAAGCAGAGCAAGAUAUGCAAGCAUGGUACGAUGCAGAGAAGGCCCGGGCAUCAGCGCAGGCUCAAGCUGACACUCAGGCCAAAGUCCAGGAAGAAAUAUCCAGGAUCCUGUCUGUGGAGCGAGCCCUCACCCAAGACAGCCUCCAGCAAGCGAUCAUUAGGGAGAGGAUCAGCAGUGAGGAUGAGAAGCUUCGUGCUCAGCUACUCGCCAAGCAGCUGGAGGCCAAGGAAGCAGAUCUGAAGAAGCAGGAUGCUUUUUACAGAGAGCAGGUGGCCCGACUAGGAGAAAGGAGCGCGCAGUUCUACAAGGUCACCACCGAGAACUAUGACAAAGCUGUCGACCAAGUAAACGCCAAAUUCAAGAGGUACGAAGUGCAUCCAGUGUGUGGAGACCUCCAGGGCCAGAUUCUGAGCUGCUACAAAGACAACGCGGGAAAAACUCUGAAUUGCUCCAACAUAGCAGCUCUUUACCUGCAGUGUGUUAACGAUGCCAAACAGAGUGACAAACGUUGCGUCUUCACGGAACAGUAACAUAACAAGUUGAGGACUGGGGGAUAAGGAUGAAGGAGGAGCAAUUCUGAGUAUAUUGGAGGGGGAUUAUAAACGGAUGGACUGACAAACUAGAGUGGAGAAGAAGAGGUAUGAGUCAGCACCAAGACACGCGCACCUUCAGAACCCAGCGGGGCACCGAACCAAACUAGAGUCACCGAACACAACACCCCGAGAGAGGAAGAGAGAUCCAGACAGUAGUUUCUACCUCCUUCCCUUUCCUCUUUUUUCCCUUUGUCGAUCUCUCCUGUGAGUACGGCGGUGAUGCUGUGUGGAUGUUUGGGAAACGCAGCGCGGGCGGGAGAACAACACGGCGCAAUGCGACACGAGCCGGGCCCGUCUGUUUUUUACCGUAAACCGUUCGCCACCUCCAGAAAGCCAGCCAAUCCCGAUCACGGUCUCACCUGGACAGUUAGAAAAGCGAGUAAUCAUGCUAGUAAACGUCAGUCCUACUUUGUUCUCCGUAAUUUAUUGUUUUUCCUGCUCCUCAUGCACAAUAAUGUACACAAAUAAACAUGCAAGCGUCUGCUGCUACUCUGCA